UUCAAAGGCAGACAAGGUGAGGAAAUAAAGCCAGACUGACAUGACCUUUAUGUGUGUGUUUUGUCUGGAGCAGGGAGUCCUGGUCACCUCCUUUGUCCUGUUCCUCCCGGAUGGAACAAGAAGACAAUCACAUUGUGUGUGAAGCCCGGAACACAGAAGACACCGAGAUGGGUUCCGAUUCUGAGAACUCGGAGGACAGGGAAGGGGACCCAGAAGAGAGAAAAAUGGGUUCUAAUGCACAGGACGCAGAUCAGAGAGGCGGUCCCCGGGAGCAGGGGGUGAGCUCCCACCCACGGGACGAAGCUCCACAAGGGGACUCUGAGGAGCGGGGACUCAUGUCUGACAUCUGCACAGAGGGGCUGCUGAGUGAGGAAGAAGAGGUUCUCCGCGAGGAAGAGGAUGACCACGCUGGUGUAGCUGCGGUGGCAAUGUUCCCAGGACUGUCCGAGUCCGACAGCGUGUCCCGGAGCCCCAGGGAAGAAGAGGAGGAGAGCGCCGGCGAGAACCGGCUUAAAGAGGAGGAGGAGCAGCCGUCCCCGCCCGUGCUUCCCUGGAGGCGUCACCUCUCCCUGGGCAGUCGGCACCGGGGCGACAAGCCGGCCCACCGCCGCUUCCGCCGGCUCCACCACCCCAUGGCCGUGGACCUCGGGGAGCUGGACAGCCUGAUGGCCAGCAUCAUGGACGCGCCCACCAUCUGCCCCGACUGCGGAGAGAGCUUCAGCCCGGGCGCCGCCUUCCUGCAGCACCAGCGCAUCCACCGCCUGGCGGAGGCGGCCGCCGCGGCCAGCCUGGAGCCCUUCGGCCUGGCGGGGGAGUGCGGCGCGGUGGUGGGCGUGGCGGGGGGCUUCGGGGCGGGGCCUGCACUGGCCCGGCCCCCGCGCGAGAAGCCCUUCCGCUGCGGAGAGUGCGGCAAGGGCUUCAGUCGCAACACCUACCUGACCAACCACCUGCGCCUGCACACGGGCGAGCGGCCCAACCUGUGCGCGGACUGCGGCAAGAGCUUCAGUUGGCGCGCGGACCUGCUCAAGCACCGGCGGCUGCACACGGGCGAGAAGCCCUACCCGUGCCCCGAGUGCGGCGAGGCCUUCAGCCUCAGCUCGCACUUGCUAAGCCACCGGCGCGCGCACGCGGCGGCCAGCGGCGCGGGGUCGGCGGCGCUGCGGCCCUUCGCCUGCGGGGAGUGCGGCAAGGGCUUCGUGCGCCGCUCGCACCUGGCCAACCACCAGCGCAUACACACCGGCGAGAAGCCGCACGGUUGCGGCGAGUGUGGCAAGCGCUUCAGCUGGCGCUCGGACCUGGUGAAGCACCAGCGCGUGCACACGGGCGAGAAGCCCUACAUGUGCUCCGAGUGCGGUGAGACCUUCAGCGUCAGCUCGCACCUCUUCACGCACAAGCGCACGCACUCGGGCGAGCGGCCCUACGUGUGCCGCGAGUGUGGCAAGGGCUUCGGCCGCAACUCGCACCUGGUCAACCACCUGCGCGUGCACACGGGCGAAAAGCCCUUCCGCUGCGGCCAGUGCGAGAAGCGCUUCAGCGACUUCUCCACCCUCACGCAGCACCAGCGCACGCACACGGGUGAGAAGCCCUACACGUGCAUUGAGUGCGGCAAGAGCUUCAUCCAGAGUUCGCACCUGAUCCGCCACCGCCGCAUCCACACCGGCAACAAGCCGCACAAGUGCGCGGGCUGCGGCAAGGGCUUCCGCUACAAAACGCACCUCGCGCAGCACCAGAAGCUGCACUUGUGCUAG